UUUGGCGGGGAACUUGUUACUUUUGGGAGAUGCGUGAAAAUGAGAGGAAGUAAUAUCGAUCGUCAUUGAUCUGAUGAGUAAAUCGUUGUGAUCUCUUUCCAACAAGAGGAGCGAAAUGUCUCAAGCUGUUCGCCGCGAGGAAAAUGAAUAUAUUGCAAUAUUCCAAGCUUUUCUCGAGGAACAUCACAAAGAAGAUAUCCUGAACGUUCUCAUGGCUGACGACCCGUCAAGCCAGUACUGCGUUGUUGUCAACGUAUUAGAACUGUUUGAUUCUAACAUUGAGGUCAGUCAAAAGCUUCUGGCAGAUCCGAACAAAAUGCUGCCCUUGUUUGAUGGUGCACUGGCUCAGGCAGCUGUUUCGAUUAUGCAGGAAAGUACAACUCAAAUUUCCAUGUCGUUUAAAGCGCAUUUGCACGUGAGGCUUUCCAAUCUUCCCAUCUGUCCGGAACUUCGAAGAGAUAAGAUACCUAAGACGUCAGACAUCGGUCGUUUUCUAGCUAUUUCAGGAACUGUCAUUAGAGUAUCAACUGUAAAACUACUAGAAUAUGAGAGAGACUACAUCUGCGCUCGUUGUAAACACAUCUUUGGAGUACAAGCUGACUUUGAACAGUUUUACUCAAUUCCCAAACCAAGCAAGUGCCCUUCAUCCAAGGAAUGUAAUUCCAACAAAUUUUCUUGCCUGUCAGAUGGUGCAUCAGAGCCAAAGAGUUGCAGGGAUUAUCAAGAAAUCAAAAUACAAGAACAAGUUCAGAAGCUUGCAGUUGGUACCAUUCCACGUUCAAUGUGGGUCAUUCUAGAAGAUGACUUGGUAGAUUGCUGUAAAGCCGGGGAUGACAUCACUGUGUGUGGUGUCGUAAUGAGAAGAUGGAAACCUGUUUUUCCUGAUAGCCGAUGUGAUCUUGAGGUGGUUUUUAAGGCAAAUCAUGUAUCUGUGAACAAUGAGCAGAAAGCAACAGUUUUAGUUACUGAAGAACUAAAGCGAGAGUUUGCAGAGUUUUGGGAAAGAUUUAAACAGUCUCCUCUUCAAGGAAGAAACCACAUCCUCUCAAGUUUCUGCCCACAAGUAUAUGGCUUGUAUGCCGUCAAGCUUGCCGUUGCUUUGAUUCUGAUUGGUGGGGUACAGAGAGUGGAUGCUUCUGGAACACGAGUUAGAGGGGAGUCACAUCUUCUGUUGGUGGGAGACCCAGGUACAGGGAAGUCCCAGUUUCUAAAGUAUGCUGCAAAGAUCAUGCCUCGUUCAGUGCUGACAACAGGAAUCGGCUCAACAAGUGCUGGGCUGACUGUGGCUGCUGUAAGGGACUCAGGAGAAUGGCAGCUGGAGGCAGGGGCACUGGUUCUUGCAGAUGGUGGUCUCUGCUGUAUUGAUGAGUUUAACAGUAUCCAGGAGCAUGAUAGAACAUGUAUUCAUGAAGCCAUGGAACAGCAAACAAUAAGCGUGGCAAAAGCCGGAAUGGUGUGCAAACUGAGCACAAGAACAACAGUGUUGGCUGCCACGAACCCAAAAGGGCCUUACGAUCCGUCAGAAUCUCUUAGUGUCAACAUCGCUGUGGCCAGUCCAUUGUUGAGCAGAUUUGAUCUCUUGUUGGUCUUACAUGAUGCAAGAAAUGAAGAGUGGGAUAGAAUUGUAUCAUCGUUCAUUUUGGAGGGUAAAGGCCUCUCUACAACAGCCUCUUCAUCAGAACCACUUUGGAGCAUGGAAAAGAUGCAAGCUUAUUUCUGUUACGUUAAAACGCUGAAGCCUCAACUCACACCGGAAAGCAACAGAAUCUUGAGCCGUUAUUAUCACUGUCAACGGCAGGCAGACCUUCGCAAUGCAGCACGGACCACCAUCAGGUUACUGGAAAGCCUUAUAAGGCUAGCACAGGCGCAUGCGCGCUUGAUGUGCCGUGAAUUCGUUACUGUACAGGACGCCAUCACUGCUGUCACUUGCGUAGAGUGCUCUAUGCAAAAUAGUGCCUUAUUAGGCAGUAUGAACGCUUUACAUACCAAAUUCCCGGAUGACCCUCAAGAAGAGUACUCGCGCCAGGCCAAGCUCGUCCUAAAGCGAUUGCAGCUUAAUGAUAUGGUGGCAGCUAUUGAUCAAGCACAGACAACUGGAGCCGGGAACAAUUCUUACGUUAGCGGAAACGACGUUGAAAAUAAUAAUCAGGAUGCGCAAGUCGAUUCGCGCGCCAAUGACAAGGAUAAAAAGAACAGUUCUUCCAGUGAUGAAGAAAACUAUAAACUCACCAAUGACAGCAAUGUCUCUAAAGAUUUCACCGAGUUAUAUUCUCCCGACCAAUUAACAGGAGUCUUUCCAAUCGCAUCUUCGAAUGUUGGAACGGAUACUCUCACGGAAAGUGUUUUAGAUAAAGUGUCAGUUUGUGAAAAAUCCGUACGAAGCAAAGAGACAAACAACAUAAACAAUUCAAACGGGAGGACCUCCUUAAGAAACCCUUCAGCUUUGAGAACAGUUUUAAACAGCAAUGAAAAUGUCAAUUUUGCAAGUAGUGCUAACGGUUCACGUAUAUCCUCGUUCUCGUUGGAAAAAAGCAAAAACAUAAUUCAAAUGUUUUCAAAGAAACCGGUUAUUGAAGCUACGACAACUGUUACGCGAAAUAGCAGCGGAGCCCCUCAGAAAGAGAACUGCAAUAUUUUUACGACAGAGGAACUCGAUGAAGCAGAUCUUGAGGUAGAAUGGCCCUCUGAUGUUCUGUCUUCGUGUGCGAAGGAAGGGAACGGUAAUUCAAGAAACGUGUUAAGAGUGACAAACAAGACGUACAAAUAACUUGAUGAGAUUUAACUCGAAUGGAAAAAGAAAUUUACUUUUUAUUCUACGAAAAA